AUGUUUAUAGAAAAUAUUCGAUUCAUUGUUGUUUGGAGUAAAAAUAUAUUUUUUGGGAAGGACGAUGUUAUAUAUGAGAGUCAUUUCAGCGUUAAAAACGAAGAAUUAGUGUCUAAUGGUACAAUUACAUUAGAUAUAAAGACUAUCGAAAGAACUACUCUUAAACAUGAUAGAAAGACUGUUUAUUGA